CACAGCGGUUGGCUCACGGAGAAAAUGCGCGUCGUUGGGCGGAUGCUUCUAGGCGUGUCAGCAUUCGGUUGCGUUGCAAUGGCGACUCCAUCGAGCUCCGGAGGCGCUGUUGGCGCGACGGCGCCACAGAAGGCGCCCGUGAGCCCACCAACACCUCCCAAAGCAGAGUCGGCAGCAGACGAGAAUUGUGAUGCAGGGAGCAGCAGCGAUGACUCCAACGACAGCAGCAGCAGCAAUCUGGACUUGACCUCCUCUGACACCGUGGCUUACUCCUCGCGGAUGAUCGCGGCGGCCAGAGCGUUGGAGUCGCGCCGCCGGGACCGCUUGUUCGACGACCCUUACGCCGAGCUGCUGGCCGGUCCCGAUGCCAUGCAGACCGUCGAGGACAAAGCACAAGAGGAGUCGUCGCUACCACCUCUGGAAGCCACUGCCGCCGCCACCGCUGCCGCGGCAAGCGAUGGUGUCCCUAGGGACGUCCAGAGGCGGCUGGCCAUCCGCACACGCUUCUGCGACGACUUCUUUGAGGACUGCGCAGGGCCGAGGGGCAUCAAGCAGAUCGUGUCGUUGGGGGCGGGAAUGGACACGAGGGGGCUACGGCUCAGGGCUUCGGGAGACACCAAGGUGUUCGAGGUGGACCAAGCCCUCGUGCUUCGCGUCAAGGGCGCCCUUCUCACGCAGGCGGCGGCGGCCGAUGAAGUAGCCGCGGCUUUGGCGGGGUUUCGAGAGAGGAGGGACGGCGGUGUCGGCCAGGGGCGCGUUGUCCCUGUGGAGGCCGACCUGAGCGUGGAAGGGUGGCAGGGGGAGCUGUUCGAGGCGGGCUUCGACCCCAGCCUGCCGAGCGCGUGGAUCUUGGAGGGGCUGACCAUGUACCUUGAGGAGAAAGAGCUUGUGGCAUUGCUUCGGGUCCUGGCCAGUCUUUCCUCCCCUGGAAGCGCCUUUUGCGCCACCUGCGUGUCGGCGGAGUCCGUGGAGCGGGCCCAGAACAGCGCCAGCCCCCUGAUGGGACGCUGGAAAUGGGGCAGCGACAACCCCCAGGCCUUCUUCGAAGCCAACUUCCCGGAAGGGUGGUCGUUCAACGGGGUGACCUGCGGUACCCCCGGAGAGUUCCCUCAAGGGGCCGACUACGGAGUGGGUUUCGUGGGCAAGGCGCCGGCGUACGUCAUAGGGUACUUUUCGUCGUCUUCGUCUUCUUCCUCCAGGGGGGGGGUCCGGCGAGUGGCGUCCCUGGCAGAGGGCCAAUAAGCUUUUGGAAGAAAGUGGGAGACUUGGUUUGUGACAUUUCAGCAGCCUGUGGUGGAUAACAAUGUUUUGUGAUUGGUGAGCAUGAUGGAUAAAACAUGCAAUCGGGGAAGUUGGGUUAGGGAUAGGGGUAGGGAAUAGGGUCUGCGUAUCCCCUCCCUGUUCUAUUUCCUCAUUAACCUAUUUCUCGCGAAGGCGGUCCUAUGAUUUUGACGGGGGGAGAUUGUAGGAAGAAUUUGUAUGAUUUGGAUGCUAUCAUGUCGUGUCGGUUUUGUUUGUAAUUUUGGCGUGAAUGAUGAUUUCGACGGAACCUGCUUCCGUAUGUAGAUAUUUUCGUCAUUAGAGACGAGGAGGGCGGGAGAGGUAGAGUUCAUGGGGAGGUUGUACAAAAGAAAACUCGGUAGUCCG